CCUCCUCCAGUGUUUGUACAACACACCAUGAGCUAGUUUCUGACUGUUUUGGGUUUUUUUGGUUUCACUUUUGGUUGAUCCCUGAGGGGAGCAGAGAUGAAGCCCAGGGGUGGCUGGAGGAUUCUAAUCGGGGGAGUGGUGGUGAUGGGACCGGUGGCGGGUGGUUUUUGGUUCUUUUACACCGUGGUCAUCGAGGUGACAAAGACCCCGCAGGGGACCCCCAGCCCAAGCUCCGGCUCGGUGGAGCUGCCCAGUGGGACCGUCACCUUCCGCUUGGAUUACACUGCUUUCCAGGCCGAGUUCCCCCAGCUGCAGAGCUACCGGUGCCGGGAGCUGAUCCCAGGGGACGGGGUUUGCACCGGGACCCCGGGGCCGCCCCUGCUGCUCCUGGCCGUGAAAUCCCACCCAGCGUCCAGCGCCAGACGGGCCACCACCUGCCGCACAUGGGCCAGGCCUGGGGUGCUGGGGGGCUACCGGGUCCGAGCCGUCUUCCUCGUGGGGGUGUCCCCCGAGCCCCGGCACAUGGCCCUGCUGGAGGAGGAGAGCGAGGAGUUUGGGGACGUGGUGCUGUGGGAUUUCACCGAGAGCCACCACAACCUGUCGCUCAAGGAGCGCUGCUUUCUGCGCUGGGUGGGGGCGCACUGCGGGCAGGCGGACUUCAUCUUCAAAGGGGACAACGAGGAGUUUGUGAACCCCCCCGUCCUGGUGGCCUACCUGCGCCAGACGCCCAACGCCUCCAACGUCAUCCACGGCAACAUCCAGCGCCAUGCGGCCGUGAUGAGAACCACGAAAUAUCGCAUCUCCUCCACCCUGUUCCCCCAGGACACAUAUCCCGACUUCCCCUCCGGGGGCGGGUUCCUUAUGCCCAGCGCCAGCGUCCCAGCCCUGGCCACGGCCCCCGUGCGCAUCCCCAUCUUCCCGCUGGACGACGUCUACUUCGGCUUCCUGGCGCUGGCCGCCGGGCUGCGGUACCGGCACGACGCCCAAUUCCGGGUGUACGGCAUGAAGGACGAGCUGUGUCUGUAUGGGGGGGGGGCCUGCGUGGUUCAUGGGGUGUCACUGGGCAGGGUGGAGGAGGUGUGGAGGAGGUUGUACGAGGAGCGACGGUGCAACAGGACGGGGCCUUUCCCCUCUUAGAGGUGCAGGAAUGGGGCGGGGGCCUGUCCCCUCUAGGGGGUGCCGGCCACCGGGGAGUGGCUGGGUGAGUGUGAUGCUCUGUACUUCGGGGGAACACCCAGCACCCCCACGUUCAUGGUUGUAAAAUGAUUGGGUGGUAUCCAAUGCAGAGUUUGUCACGGCGGGUGUCUUCGGCAGGCUCCUGAUGCACACAGCGUGGUGGUUACAGGGAUGUUAUAGAAAGGUUCUAGGUUAUAAUUUCAUGUAUAUAAUUACGAGCCUGAACGUGUGUCCUCGAGGCUUGAAGCAAGCCCAGGCAGAAACUCGCUGAGAGCAGAGGGGCAGUUCACACCUCAUCAGAGCGUGGAUGGGAGAAACCCAGUCCAGCCUCACGGGGAUAAAAGACGCCGGCCUAGGCAGCAAAAAAAUAAUCUGUUACACUCUAGAUCAGGGGUGGGCAAACUUUUCGGCCCGAGGGCCACAUCGGGGUUCGA